AUGGAUCUGGGGCUGGAAGUUAGGCGCGAGUGGAUCUUCGGCAACUCACUAACCUCCCUCUCGGCGGCGGAUCUGCUGUCUGACGCCAGUGCAGGAGGUCCCUCGCUUGGCGCAGUAGACGACAUCACCCUCAGCGACGGUGCAGCCGCAGUCGUACUUGAAGAAGUACUGGGAGCACAUAGUGGCGGUGGGAGGAGACUGGAGAAGGGACCUGAAACUGGUGGAGUUGAAGAAGAUAGUCGUAGAGAGGAGCACUUAGAAAGUGCGGGAGCAAGAGUAGAUAGAAAGAUGCAGUCUCCUGGACUACUGGCAGGUAGUGGUGGUGGUAACAACCGUUGUGGUGGUAAGUCUUGGGGGGUUGUGGUGAUCACAUCGCAGCGAAAAGAGUCAAAAAUGAAUGGAUGGAUGACCGUCAGAAGAAGCCCUCCCUCAACACGGACCAAUAGAGCCGCUGAACCGGAGAAUCAGUUGGUGAUUCGAUCUACAUCACACUCGAAUCAUCCUUCCAACGGACUGGCGGCUAUGCGAAUCAGAAAGCCUGAGAUCACCCCCAUCUGGGAUCAGCCUGGGAAGGCAUCUUUUCCAAGAUAG